UUUAUUUCGAUGAUUGAGUGAAAAAAUGGCUUUUAUUUGGAUACUGCAAACUAUUCAUUGUCGAUAUCCGUUCUAACAGAAACAAAAAUCAAUAUGGUUUUAUAAAGAAGCCUGCCGUGUUAUCUCAAAUUUUGUGAAGAAACUGGAAGCAUGAGUGAGAGAUGGACGGCAGUAUGGAUCAGAACGUAACAGGGCUAAACUCGGCAAAUCAGGUGGUUGGACCCGGCAGGAGGGAGCCUGACCAAUGGUUCGAUAGUAGACGCAUUGAUAUGACACAGCAUCAGCAGAUGCAACCCUCAUAUUACAAGUUUCAAAAUGAAAUGGUUCCAGGUAAUUUCCCAGAAAUGCCAACGGCGGCACAGUGGUGGCGAGUUGAUACAGGUAUGUCGGUGACCCCACAACUAUCGCGACAAGAUGAGGGACCUAGUGGCGGUUAUCAGCUGAUAGGACACCCAAUGGACCCUUUACCUUCCACUGAACUUCAAUUGCCAGAAGUAACAACAAAAAAACCAUCAAAACCAAGAGUACCUAAAAAGACGAGACCAAUUAAAGAAACAAAAGAGAUCAUUAAGCGCACAAAACAUCCAGAAAAAUGGAAAGUAAAUGUAAAGAAAAACGCCAGAUUAAGGGGUGAAGAGUACGUUGGUGUUGGAGGUAAAAUAGUACCGGCAAAAAUAAUGGGUCCACCAUGUGACUGUCGGAUGCGAUGUAGCGACAAAAUCGAUGAGGAAGCACGAGAACAGCUGCACAAUGUAUUUUGGAAAACUUGCACGUGGGAACAGAGAAAGCAAUACAUUGCCUUGUCAGUCAAAGAGUCUCCGAAACAACGCUCCAGGUGUCGGGGGAAUGUGAAAUCCGAGCAUCGUAGACAAGUAACGUUUACCUACUCACUACUGAUCAAGAGCGAGUUCAUAACAGUUUGUAAACCGAUGUUCCUGAGCACCUUUUCAGUAUCUGAAAAAUUUGUGAGACAUGCAAUGGAUAAAAAGCGAACAUCUCCCGGCGGAAUCAUUGGCCCAGAUCAGAGGGGUAGACAUACACCGAAAACGAAAAAAAGUGAAGAAGUGAAAGAACGUGUCCGGGACCACAUCAAUUCUUUUCCAGCCGAAAAAAUUAAUCCUAAAGACCGCAGCAGCAGAAGAUAUUUAGAUUCCAGUUUAAGUAUUGCAGCAAUGCACAAGCUUUACGUCCAAAAAUGUAAGGAAGAUGGCAUCCCGGAUAGUGACACAGUUAAAGAGAGUUACUACCGCGAAAUGUUUAAAUCAGAAUUUAAUUUAGGUUUCAAAAUGGCUGUUGAUAAGGAGAAGGAGGUAAAAAAACCAACCGUAUCAAGUUUGAGUGAUAAUAAACAUAAACUAUGAAACAAUACGUUCUCAGUGUUGUGAAUUUUUGCAAAUCUGAUGCCAUUAUUGAAUAAGAUAAAAUUGUUCACAAAGGUAAUAUUUUCAAAAUAGCUUUUUAAUUAUUUCUACUCACGGAAAAAUCGUUUGUUGUGAUUUCAUACCGCAAGGUGGUAACGAGAUGAUUCAUACGUCGGAGCAUGAAUGUAAUUUUGCUGAUUCAUAUGCAUUUCCAAAGCUAUACUCAUGUGAUGUGUCGUGUCUAGAUUUUUGAUCAAGUCGUACUAACAAUCGGCAUAAUUGUGUGGCUAAUAUUCAGUGUAUCAAUGUUUAGCAGACUAUUCAUCAUGCUCUGAAUGCCAUUUGAGCACAUCUCAACAUCCAACACGAAUCUAAAAUGCAAGUCUAAUUAAAUCAUGUAUCAUAGAUUAUCACGAAUAAAUGAAAUAUGUAUAAAGGUAAUGUAAAAAUCAUCAUCUGAAGAGUUUUAUUAUUACUGCAGUUAUUCUAUGAAAUAAACUCUCAAAAUCACUUUUAAUGAACGUUGAUAAGAGCCCACUCGGAAACAUGAUUAGCUAUUAUAAUUGUCAUCAAAUUUUACGAUAAAAGGCGCUGGUUAUAAGCUUUUUUGAUUGCUUAAUUUCUCAUUCCAUGUAACUAUUAAUUUUCACUUCUUAAUCGUUUCCACUAAAAGUAGCAGCAAAUUUCGUUAUAUCUUAUCCGCAGUAGUGGACAAUUUCGAGCAAGUAUUUACACGGUUACAAAGUAAGAUUUUUUAAAUGCUGUCCUACAAUUAUCAUACGAUCAACGAAUGUAAUCAUACCCACUUGUACUUAUUAUUUAAAAUUAAUCAUUUGCAUUUAUAUUGAUGUUAUUCAGCAGUGCGGGUGAAUUUCUUCGUCAGAGUGUAAUGAGUAUUGCUUGGGGAAAUUGAUUCUAAUUCCGUAUCAUGUCUUUACCUUAUCGGUAUUUGAAAGCAGAAACCGAGCCAGGUUUUUUAGGUCACAAUUGAUUUUCAAUGAAUAUAUAAUGUCAGGCAAAUGGGAAAUUAUGUAUCUGCAUGUUACUGGGCAUACGCAAGGCAUUAAUAAUUAAAUCUCAGAAAACGGCGUGAUCAGCGGUUCGAAACAUUGUUAAUUAAGUACAAUUAAUUUUUAUUUGUUACAAAGUUAUUACUAUUAAGUUAUUGAAUAUAAGUAAAAUGAAAAAUAAAUUAUAUACAAAAUCCUAA